GGGGAAGCAGGUUGUAUCUAGCGAUCGUGAAGGUGAAAUCAAGGAUGCAAGGCAAAGCUCGGGAUUAAAUUCUGGCGGCUUUCACGUGACUUCCAAUCACAACAACGGCGAAUUUUCUCAAGCCCUUCCGGACUCUCAUUGUCACCCAAGUGAAACCGUCAUGGCAAAAGAAUUGCAAGAGGAUACUUGUUAUGUCGCUCUAACCCACGAUCACCUUGACUCGACGUCAAUGAUUGACCGGGUUCGGAGCCCGAAAGCUGGAGCAAUUGUACUGUUUGCAGGCACAACCCGAGAUAACUUUGCUGGAAAACCAGUGAAAGAGCUUCAAUAUACGUCCUACGAGCCCCGAGCUCUCCAAACAAUGCUCGCAAUUUGCAAAUCCGUCUUGGAGAAGCACGGUUUGACCUCAAUUGCAAUGAUCCACCGCUUGGGCGUUGUUCCCAUCGGCGAAGAGAGCAUUCUGAUCACAGUCUCAUCACCUCACCGUCAAGCGGCAUGGAGAGCUGGUGAGGAGGCGUUAGAGGAAUGCAAGGCAAAAGUUGAAGUGUGGAAAAAGGAGGAGUUCGGCGGGGAAGAGGGUGGUGUAUGGAGAGCGAAUCGGGACGGCGCUACGGGAGUGCGUAUUGAUGAUGAGAAGGAGAAUGAGCCUGCUGCUGGACCUCACGGACCGAUAUUGCGGCCGGGAAGACCAGGUGAACGAGGACAUGGUCCUGUGGUGCAUCUGAAUUCAACAGAACGGCCCGUGACUUGAUGUCCCACUACAUAUGGAGAUCAUUCCUCCUCAGCCAGAAGCUUAACGGCCAAAGUAUUGACGUCAGAGUUGCCUUGUCUUUGGUAAAUGCACGGUUUAUGGAAAACAAUCUCAGCCCUGCCAACUGGCGCCAGCCACCUCAGCUCACAGAGGGAGUUGAUUGAGAGGCACCCCUCGUUUGGAAUUUGGCUUUAUUUGGCAUGUAAGUAAGUUGCCUGAUACCUAAUUGAAUUGAUGCCACAUUAUGUCAACUGAUGGGCAGUGCAUGAGGGGUUGUGGCGAGAUAUCGGACUUCUGGGUCAUCCUUGAGGUUCAUUGCUUCUAAAUAAGUUUAGUCACUUAUUAGUACAUCUUAAUACCACAAUUUCAACAUUAUAUGGAC